AUGGCCCAGCUGGAAGAAUCUCCUGGCCUGCAGCAGCACAGGGUGCCUGUGCCUGUGAGUGGGGCAGGAGCCCCAGAUGCACUCGAGGAACACGUGGAACUGUGGUGGUCGCAGGAGCCCCGGCGUGCCGCCCUGUGCUUCUCCGUGGCUGUGGGGCUAGUGGCUGGCUGCGGGGCUGGUGGGGUGGCCCUGCUGUACUCCACCAGCAGCCGCUCAGGUGAGUGGCGCCUGGCCAUGGGCACCGUCCUCUGCCUGUUGGCCUUGCUGGUACUGGUAAAGCAGCUGCUGGGCUCAGCCGUGCAAGAUAUGAACUGUAUCCGGCAACCCCAGCAUGUGGCCCUGUUGCGCAGUGGGGGAGGAGCAGACAGUCUCGUGGUCCUGGUCAGUGGCCUGGUGCUGCUGGUCAGUGGCCUAGUGCUGAUUGGCCUGGCUGCUUCCCCCACUUCUGGUCCUGGCCCCAGCCCCAGCCCAGCCAGGCCCCUAGGCACUAUGCUAACUACGGGCAUCAUCCUGGGUGUCAUGGGGGCCCUGCUUCUGUUGGGACUGCUGCUGUACCAAGCAGGCAUUGGAGGCCGCUGCCUCCUGCCCACCACAGCUGUGGGCUCAGGUCGAGGCCGGGGACGAGGGGGCAGCAGCAUCUUCAGUAUCUCUGGACGGCUGCCAACCACACCCAGCAUCGCCAGCCUCCUUGGACUGGGCCACAGCAGCAGCUGAAACCCCCUUUGACUUUGACGGGUGACCCCUAGUUCCAGCUACCAACCUCUGCCCUCUGGCCUCCCGCCUCAUGGGCAACCCGCCCCACCAAGAGUCACCUUCCAGCUGCCACUCCUUGUCUCUGCCUUCAGCCUCCACCUGCACUUUCUUUCAUCCUUCUCUGACCUCCAGUACUUACCUCCAGGACCCUUCUCCAGCCCCCUUCUCUGUUCUCCCACCUUCCAUCAUCACUAACAGGUCUGGCUUAUGUGUGCUAUUGGUCAAUGUAGUCCUGCUUGGGUACAUGUGUUAUCUGUGAUCAGAAACCCCAUAUCUGUCCUAUGACCCUUUCCUGCACACGAAAACUCCAUUCUUCUUGGGGAUCUCCAGACCUUCCACCUUCCAACACUCCUCAAAGCAGCCAAGCAGA